UACACCUUCAUUGCAAAGGUAGAUUGCCUCUGGUCAAAGGCUUGGACGAAUAGAACCCAUACAAUCGUGUAAAAACCGAAGUAUAAACUGACAGGUCCUUCUCAGUAUUUCAAACAGUGUAUUCCUUCCUAACAAUUAUUCAUUUUCACGUUUCAAUGAGUGUCAUUCACCCAGUACGGAGGAAAGUUGUCGUUCAAAGAUUUGGAGAUUUUCACUUUGAAUUUCACACCGGCCUGUUAAAUUUGCCUUCCUUCUCCUUUAGGUUGACACCGGAUUUGCUUGAAUGGUAUGACGUGUGAUUUAAUCUUCAAGCCUCAAUGAAGCCUUGGCCGCAAUGGAGCCAAGUAUGUACCGUGUUGGUUUAAUUUGAUUCCAAGAAACUUAAAUGUCCUCAAAAGUUCCAGGUUUGGUGAAGCUCAGCUUUGCUUCGACUCAGUUUAGUGCAUCUUUUACCAGCAACCUUCCGGUCCUGAACGAUCAAUGCUGAUCUCCUGUCAAUCUUUGUUUGCCAUCAAAAUACUUUGAUGAGGGAUCAAAGCUGGCCGCAUCAUUAUCCUGAAAAUUGUACCCCAGGAGAGAAAUGAUUAGCUUAAUACCAAAGUUACUACGUCGGAGACGUAAUUUUCUAUUUCUCCUCUGUUCACUUGCUAUUGCCCAUUUUUUUGGUGCUUUUACACAUCCAUUUGAAUUAGAUUAUCACACUACCUUCUCCUACCCUUUAGAUAUUGAUAUUAAACCAUGUGUAAAUAAUUUAAAGACCAAAAUACCUAGUAAAUGUCCUAUUAUUAAUUCCUACAAUUACUCUUAUCUGUCUAGCUGUGAAUCAAAAUGUCAGACAGUGAAUGGCAACCUUUUGAGAUUAGUUUACAUUGUCAAAUCAAAAGUAGACAAUUUUGAACAAAGAGCAGCAAUCCGCAAAUCAUGGGGCUUUGAGAAACGAUUCUCUGAUGUGCCAAUAAGAACUGUUUUCAUAUUGGGUGUCGAAGAAACUAAAUCAACUUUGCAAAAGAAAGUAGAAGAGGAAUCUAAAAUUCACAAUGACAUCGUGCAAGCUGACUUUAUUGAUACUUAUUUCAAUAAUACUAUUAAAACUAUGAUGGGUAUUCAAUGGGCUGUCAGAUUCUGUAAAAAUUCUAAGUUCUACUUCUUCAGUGAUGAUGACAUGUAUGUAUCAACAAAAAAUGUCCUUAGAUUCAUAAGGAACCCUGUAAAUUACCCCGAUUAUCUAGAAAAUCCUAUUAUUUCUUUGCAAAAAGUCAGGCGUGAAAAAAGGAAUAUUGGUAGUCAGAUGAGUUCUAGUGUGGAAGGAGAAAAAACUUCCUUUCAUGAUCAAAUUUCUAGUUCAUUCAAUAGUUUAACUACCCGAAACUUAAAGCAAGUGCUUGACUUUGAACUGCCUGAUGAUGUCAAACUAUUUGCCGGCUAUGUAUUUUUUUCAUCUCCCCAUAGACAUUAUCCUAGUAAAUGGUACGUUACUCUAGCAGAGUAUCCAUUCCACAUGUGGCCACCUUAUGUCACAGCUGGCUCCUAUGUUUUGUCGUUUAAUGCCUUGACGGAUCUAUAUUUUGCAAGCUUUUUCACAAAGCAUUUUCGCUUUGAUGAUAUAUAUUUAGGACUGUUGGCUAAGAAAAUGGAUCUAGAGCCAUUCCACUGUGACGAGUUUCAUUUUUACAAAAAAGCCUACAACCAUUUCAACUAUAGAUAUGUAAUCACAUCCCACGGUUAUGAUGACCCUGAUGAAUUGUUGAAAGUUUGGAAUGAGCAAAAAUCUGCAGGAAAUGCUUGAAAAUUGUCUAAAAUUUUUUAAUAUCGGCUGUGUCAUCUUAGAUUACUUCGAAAACUCUUUUUUUUCUAUGUUACCUGUAUAUUAGUCAGAAUACGGUCUUCAAGUUUCUUCAUAAGGUAUAUUUCACUUAAUCCUAAAUUAGUAUCUCAACAUAUUAAAAUUUAGACGAUUAGUGACAUUUUAGACAGGGUCUUUGAUAAUGGGUUACUUUAUAUUCUCAACAGUGUAUAAUUGUAACAGUAACAGUUUUAAGUUUCAUAUUCGAAGUUAUUAGUUUGGGAGAGUAAAACAGCAGUUCCGAACCAUUUUACUAUGGACUGAAAAUGAUCUGAAGAAAUCUGUAAUUCUCUUCACAAAUGAUUGAAAUUGGCAAGAGCAAUUCAGUUACAAGUUGUCUAUGGCUACCCUCUACCCACUAGCACUCAAACAAUUGCGAUUAGGAACUAUAAGGAUGGAGAGUAUAAGGGUGCAUCUAUCAAGAUUUGUCGCUGAAUUGCUUCACUGCCCAAAAAAAUUUCAUUCUAAUAAGUGCUAAGUAACCCCUAGCAAUGAAAAGCAGCAAUAAAGAGGAUACUUUUAAGAUGGUUUUGAAAGUCAUUAAGAUAAUAUUCAAAAUGUUCUAAAAAAUACAAUUCUAGCCGUGGAAGAGCCCUCGUGCAUUUUAAGCAGCUAAAAAUGUGAUAAGUUUUUCUGCAAUGCCAAGUAUUAAUAUUUGUCAGAUAGUGUAUUAUUAAGAAUUUCUCCACUCCCAAAUAUUAUCUCUGUAUGCUUGCAUGCUUGCACGUAAGGAAGGUGCGUAAUUCUUGUCCAAAAGUAUCAAAUUCAUGUCUAAUUUUUACUUAAUAAAUCUCCAAAUACUAAACUAAUGGCCCUUCCACUUCAAUCAAAUCUUGAAUUUACCAUUUAGCAUUUUUUAGAUGAUAAGCUACAAUUAGUCAUUGAUCUAAUCCAUCCUGGUCCAUUUAUUAAGGUUUUACUCUUGAUUUUCUGGAUCUAACAAUUAUAUAAUUACUUGCAUGUAUCUCUCUAAUCUCUUCUUUUGCGACUGUGAUGCUGUGUUGCUGCAUGUUUCAUCACUCAUAAUAGAAUGCUUAUGCCUAUCUAGAUCUAUAUUCAGAGAGAGUUAGUUAUUUUUCAGAAUAGGGGGCUCUAGUUACUGAAACGAUGGACCAAAAAAGUUCAUCAUCUAUUACAAAAAAAUAAAUAUAAAAACUAUGCUUUCGCUUAAGGUCAUAAUAGCAGUUAAGUUUCUGGUAGCAGUCAAGUGUGAAUAUUUGAAACUAAUGUGCCUUUUUCAUAGUGGCAGAGAAUAGAAGUUUGCUCAAACACUCGAAAAACAUACCAGUUUUACUUUUUUCUUCAGAGUUAUUUUACACAGUGUGCUACCAGGGAGUCACAUUUUUGGUCUUUUUUAAGAUUUUGUGAAAAUUAUGCAAGGUCCCAUCUCGCAGAUGGCAUCAAUCAAAUGUGAAAAACUUUCCUCUGGCAUUUAACAAGAGCCAAAAAUAUUGUCGCCUUCUUGCUUUAUAGCUAUUUUCUAAACUUUAUGUUCAAUGCCUAUUUUUUGCUACCUUACAACGAGAUUUUUUUCUCUGCUUAGUACUCUGUACCUUGUACUUAAGUCUCAAUCACUGUAUCCUUUCGCUUUCACACUGCAAGGCCUAAUCAUGAAGGAGUAGAAGUGUCCUUAAUAACCAUUUAGCUUUCUAGAUAUUUAAGUCAGUGCCUAUCAAACCUCAUUUUUACUUUGUUUUUUGUUUUUCAUUUUUUCUCUUUUGCUUUCAGCUUUAAUUCCUAUCUCCACAUAAGAAUCGCAGCCCAAAGUUUGCAUAGGAGCAGUUUAUUAACUCUUAUGACAACCUUUGAAACAGUGUCCCUCUUUCCUUUUGUAUGUUCUUUUAGAUACUAAACGGAAAGGAAAAUUAUCAUCAUGUAUAGGCUGUGCUGUUAUCGGAGAUAAGCCUUCAUUGUUCUUAAAUUAAGUCAAGUUUGUCCGUGUUAGAGAGCCAAUGUAUUGUAACUCAAUUUUGGUCAGUAUGACUUAUAAGAGAAAUAUAUCUUAUUUUAUUUCAUCAUAGGUACUCAAUCAUUUACAAAAUCUAUAAGUUCGGAGCUAAGUCAAGCAAGCACUAAAUAAGGAGUUAGGUCAUGGAUUUCCUGAGAAACAAUGAUGUGUCAAAACUAGUGAAUAUACUUUAGUCACAAAGUAUCAUCUGCCAAUCAAUAUCGAUUGAUUUAGAUAUUAUUCUUUUUAAUGAAAGAAAGAGCCACGAUUUUUUCAUUCAUUAUUGCUAAAAUUGUACUUGAAUGGAACUCAGUUUCUCUUAAACAAUGUUUUCCCUCAAUGGCAGAUUAUCCAAUACAUUAAGAAAUCAUAGUAUUAAUUCAUUAAAAAAAUGAAUAAUGAUCCAUUGUCUCUCAGCUCGGUUUCUGUGGAAUGAGCUUUGUAAAUUAAGAAAGCUUUUUUUCUAAAUAUUUAAGAGGAUCUCAAUCAUAUUUUUACUUUUUAGUAUGUUAAUGUACUAUUUCUAUCAUAUUUGCACAUUUUUACCUUUUAUAUUAUAUAUUAUUAAAACAACAAUUUUGCUAACUUAGGUCAUUCUUACUCACUUUUAGUCUUGGUAGAACUUUUCAGUGAUAAAAUUAACGUGGUGGAAUUGCAAACCAGUUAUUGCGUUCUUAUUUAUACAAUAAAUUGUUGAGACUCCGUAGCCAAAUCAGCAACUUACAACUUGCAGAGUUUACAGUAUCAGUCCAUAAACAGUUUUAAAAAAAAAACUCUUUUUAUGCAAAUUGACCAUAUUUACUGUGGCCAAUACCAUAUAAGAGCAGUUUUUGCCAUUUUGAGAAAUAUGUGUUUGAAGUUUCGAAAUUACAUGGAUCCUUAUGGCCGAAAGAAAGUUUAAACUGACUUUUUAAUCCUUAAAAAAUUUGAAUUUGGGAGCGAAUUUUUUACAGAAUAUGCACUAAGACUAGUUAUACUUGAAAUAAUUAAUAUCUCGAUUUUUUCAAAAACUGCACUUAUGCUAAACUGUUGUGUCAAAUUAUUUACAGCAGCCAGUAGUUCAUCAUGAUGACCUGUGGGAUACCUAUAGAGAUGAUGAAGAAAGUCCUUGUCCAGUCAAUGAUGAUAACUGUAUUAGAUACAUUUAUAUAACGACCAUUGCUAUUCAUCAUUUUUAUGUUUUUCUUGUUAAUGGUCCAUAUUUGAUCAGUUAGAAGAUGGUGAAUAAUAUGACGCAACAUGCAGAUGUAUUCUGUUAUCACUUUUUUCCUUCAAAAUAUUGCACUAUGCUGUAGAUAGAGAGAGUGUUUCCCUUUUUUUAAAUAAGUUUCGCCUUUUGGUUCAAAGAAAUCAAGAUGAUUGCCAUCGUUUACUAAUACACUAAUUCUUUUUCUUCAAUUAAAACUUUUUUCAAGUUAAAAGUUUAACCACUGUAUCAAGACUGACUUUCACUCAUUGAAUAAAAACAAAUAAUUCGAA